ACUCAGACCGCCGCUCAAAAGUUAGACCGUCGCCCACGGACUAUUUGUCGGUCCAUCAUCUGAGAGAACAAAGAGCGAAUGCGCUAGCCAAUGUCACUUGUAUAAAGCGAGUAAACGCGGGCAGAUUUCGUCAUUCAAAAAAGACGACGUGACAUAUCGGCGAAACAGUUCUUGACGGUGGUUUAUUUGCUCGAAACGCAUCGCAGGUGACUUGAUUUGUUCGCGACAGCAGGUGACUUGAUACUACGAAUAAACUGUAUUCGUUUUUGACCGGUGAUUUUUUUACUCGAAACAAGAUGAAAGUGUUGAUAACUGUUUUGGCUGGUUUUGUUUUUGUUUUUGGAUUUCAGCAGGUGAUAGCGCGGCCCAACAACAGGGUAAAGAGGGUGUCCGAUUCCCAUUUAGCAGACUUAGAAACCAAAAUUGCUCUCAACAACAGAAUCAAAGGAUUUGCAAUAACCAUGCCAGUGGGAGCAGGAAAAGUUGAUCUAUUGAGAAUAGGUAGAAGAAGACGUUCCGAAGCAAGGCUGCUAGACGCCUUCCUCAAUCAAUCAGAUGAAGAAAAAAAUGAGCCUAUUCCGCCAGACUAUAAUGAUUAUCAUUAUGACUACAGCAACUACCCACAGUAGAAGAAGUCGUGUCUAUAGAAACCUAUACAUGAAAGUGAAAUUGGAUAUAAAAUAUCAAAAAUAAAUGUUACUCCACAAAGCUUCAGGAAAAAUAGGCAACAAAUUUUGAGGUUUCUUUCUAGUCAGUUGCUUUUCCUGAAAUCAGUAUUAUGUGCAAAUCUAGUCGAUACGAUCAGUUGUUAUUUGUAAUUAGUUGAAUUUAUUUUAUUUAUUAAAUUAUUACAUCAUGUCAUAAAUUAUUUAUCAUUCACUUUACUAUCAUUGAAACAAUCACAAAAAACUUGUAGUGUAUAUUUUUCAUAAAUUAUAAUACCCUUCAAAAUGUGUGAAAGGCAGUUAUAUUGUUAUAAAAAUAUAUAACAUAUUUUUGGGUAGAUAAUUCUGCUUGCAUGAGUGGUUAUAUGAAUGUAUAAAAUAUGUUACCAAAAAAUCAACUUUUUGAAUGUCCUACAUAUAUAAGGUGCUUCUUUUAAAUCUACCAGACAUAUUUCCAUUUCAUCAUUUCAUGAAAUAAUGUAAGUUUCACUAUAUUUGGUAUUGAGUAUCAAAUAUAUGUUAAGCGAAUAUGUUUCGUUGUAUUCUUGAAACGGUUAUGUACAAAUGUAUCUCAAAUACUUCAACAUUAUUUAUUUGUUUAUACAGCUUUUCAUUUUCAUCGUUAUUUUCGUAAAUUCCUCCUGCAGAGUUAUUUUCAUCAUUUUUCGAACAAUAAAUUAUGCGAAUCUC